AAGAGCUGAGGGAUGGUGAUUGGUCGGUUUGCUGCUUGGCGGGCUUCUAAGUGAAACAAUAGGCGUGGUUUCCAAGAAUCCUGAUCUCACUUAUCGUCCAGAAUGAGGAAGCUUCAAAACGAAAGUUAAAUCGAAGAGGGGAGAAGCCAAGUAAGCGAUGGACGACCUAAUAAGGAUCCGUAAGAGAUUUGUGGAGAGAGUCGGACUCCCAGCUUUGAAAGGUCUGCUGGAUGACCUUUGGCAGCGCAAAAUGUUGAGUACCGACGAAAAGGACACUGUGUUGGAGGACCAGACGAUCAGAACUGACCGGGCUCGGUGUCUGAUCGACAUGGUGAUCGCGAAAGGGGAGAGAGCAAGUCUGGCGAUGAUUGAUUGUAUGUUGGAGAGGGACCGGGAACUAUACCUCACCCUGGGUCUGAUCCUUCCUCCCAGCCCUACUGAUCGUGUGGGAAGCCUUUUGGCUGGAUCUCAGGAGGUUAAAGCAUCGAAUAAAGGAGUUUCCCCAACAGAGACGACGGGCAGGACCUCUGAACUCCUCCUCAGCUCUGAGCAGUUCAAGACUGAGAAGCUGAAGGACAGAGACAACAUAUACGCUGUCAUGGCCCCAGCCGACAGGACGCGCGUGGCUCUGCUGAUCACCAACGUGCACUUUAAACACUUGAGUGAUCGGCAUGGUGCUGAGAAAGACGAGCAGGAUAUGAGCAAACUGCUGAUCUCACUGGGAUACAACGUGGAGCAACACAGAGACCUCAGUGGAGCGGAGAUGGACGAGGCCGUCGAAAGGUUUUCUAAAGACCCCCGUCUGGCCGCGACAGACUCUGUCUUUGUGGUCAUCAUGUCCCAUGGGGUGAAGGGAGCCAUUUUAGGCGUCCAUCACUGCGAAGGAGUCCCCGACCAGUUCCCCAUUGACAAUAUCUACAAACACUUGGAUUCGUGUCGUUGUCCAAAACUGCUCAACAAACCCAAAGUCAUCAUCAUCCAAGCCUGCAGAGGAGUGGAUGAUGGCUCUGCGAUAGUCUGGGAUGGGCCUGGGUCUGUCCCAGAGCAGGCCCCGGUAGUGCAGGUGGAUGCGGCCCUCCCACCUCACCUGGCAGAUGAAGUGGACGCAGACAUCGAGGAGGAUGCUAUUCACAGGGUGCACAAAGAAAAAGACAUGGUUUCACUUCUGUCCUGCACCGCCGACACGGUGUCGUAUAGACAUUCACGGCAAGGUUCUUUUUUAAUCCAACACCUUGUGGAGAUCUUCAACCGCCACGCACACGAGGACCACAUCGACGAACUCUUCAGAAAGGUCCUGAAGCGUUUUGAAGAUGAGCCUCCUUCAGCAAGUAAAAGACAGAUGGCUGUCAAAGACCGAUGCACCUUAACCAGAAAGUUGUACCUCUUCCCCGGUCUUUAGAAUCAGGCUCCACGAUGACCGAUGGGAAAUGGUUUCAACACUUUGAAUCACUGUAGCGUAAAGUGGUGUCGGGAAAAACCAACUGAAACCUUGAUCCCACAGUUAAUAUUGCUGAAGGUGCAGUCAAAAUAAUGACCUAUUAGCAUAUGCUACACGUGAACCUCCUAAGAUGGCGCAAUUUGAUUGGUUCGCUAUCUCGGGAUAUUAAGCAAUAUCCCAUAAUUGAGAUCUCAAACUCAGGAUAUUGUAUUGCGUGCGUGAUGGUCAUCUCGUCACGCUAAUAAAAACAAAUAAACCGCUAAUAAUAAAUAACACCUGAAAAAAGUAUUAUCAUUAUAUUUAGAUAAAUUAAAUUAAUGUAGAGUGUUCACGUGUAGUAUAUUCACUAUUCACUUAGCUUUCGGCGAAUAAUUGUUAAAUAUGAGUUUUUAUCUUACAGGAAAUCAGCUAACAUCCUACACUUUCCCUCCAUUUAGAAUACAACCAUUGUAUUACAUAGAUAAUCUUGAAAUAUAGUGGGAUUACUGUACUGACAGCGAUUCUUAUUUUCUUACACAACGGUAAAUUCCGACCAAGUCAUUUGAUUGGACAAGAGGCAUUCCAUGAGUGCUGAUAUAGAGUAUAACAGCACUGGGAUUUUUAACUAUAAAUGUAUCACUCCACUUUCAGGUGUUCUAACAACCGUUAAUGUUAUUAACGUCUUUAUGUAGCUUAGAUUGCUAGUGUGUUUAUGUGUUGCUGGGCACCAGUUCAGUCCCAGUCCAGUUGCGGAUCUAUUUGUGUUGGCGGAGCCAAAUAAAUCAUUAAAUAAACAGACAAAUCAUUAUCUGUUGCUGCUUAUUACUGUUAACUAAUAAAGGGUGCAUAUCGGAAGGGCUGGCGUUUGGAAGAUUAUCUGUUUCCCUCCUCACCUCACAGAACCAGUUAUUUGCCCACAUUUUCCAAAUCCGCCCAUGUCGAUCAGUUGAUCACUCCCUGCCCUGCCACCACUAGUUAAGACAGACCUGUGACCACACCCCUUUCCUUUGUUCAGAGACACUGAACACCUUGAGAGCUGUGAGCCUCUGAACUCCCUGUUUGCGUAUACUGAGCAAUGACAGAAUUGUGGCCAUGAAUUUUGGAGCUUAUUGUUGUUUGCUUCCAAGGAACCACACACAUCCUAGCUAACUACCUACCUCCAAAUCCUACCUAACUACCUACCCAUCACACCUUAGAUACACACACUAUCAUCCUACCUACCUAUCUUCACAGUAUCACCCUACCUAGCUACCUACUACACACAUCCAUACAUUCCUGCUCGCACCUUUGGAAAAUAAAGCCUAUAAACCUUGGAACUCUGACUGGACAACCCUGUGUUCUCACCGACAACCCCACUGGUCUCAAGCCAGCACCUAGACAUUCUUAAAACCUCCUCUUCAGCUGUGAUUAUCUUUGGCACUCGGC